AUGGUCGCCCUAGUUCAAAAGCCAGCUCCAUACUUCAAGAAGACCGCCGUCGUUGAUGGUGUCUUUGAAGAAGUCUCCUUGGAUCAAUACAAGGGUAAGUACGUCGUUUUGGCUUUCGUCCCAAUGGCUUUCACUUUCGUUUGCCCAACUGAAAUUGUUGCCUUCUCUGACGCUUACAAGAGAUUCAAGGACUUGGGUGUUGAAGUUCUAUUCGCUUCUACUGACUCUGAAUACUCUUUGCUAGCAUGGACCAACGUUGAAAAGAAAGACGGUGGUUUGGGUCAUGUUAACAUCCCAUUGGUUUCCGACAACAACCACUCUUUGUCUAGAGACUACGGUGUCUUGUUGGAAGACGAAGGUGUUGCUCUAAGAGGUUUGUUCGUUAUCGACCCUAAGGGUAUUGUUAGACACAUUACUAUCAACGACUUGCCAGUUGGUAGAAACGUCGAAGAAGCAUUGAGAGUUGUCGAAGGUUUCCAAUGGACUGACAAGAACGGUACCGUUUUGCCAUGUAACUGGACCCCAGGUUCCGCUACCAUCAAGCCAGGUGUCAAGGAAUCCAAGGAAUACUUCUCUGAAGCUCACAAAUAA